AGCUUCACUUUUGCGUCUGCACAAAAUCAAAGUCAGUGCAUCACAGGGAUACACUCUCCACACUACUCCCUGAAUUUCAAACCCAAUUUCCACAGGCCUAAUUCAUCUUAAACAUGAAGUUCCUCCUCGUCGCAACCCUCGCAUCUGUUGCUUUGGGGGCUCCCCCAGAUCCCUACCCAGCGCCCUGCGGACGAUCCGACCCCUCUGGAAUCUGCACCACCAAGCCAACCUGUUACGAAAAAGGCGGCUUCUGGGUGCAGCGAGAUUGCACCUUUUACAACGUGCUCGACAUCGGAUGCUGCUACUCCAUUCCCGACAAGAAGAACUGAGUGAUGGUCUAAAACGGACGUGGUAGGACACAUGUCGGAGCAGAUGAAAGCUCCGUCUGGAAGAAGAGCAAAAUGAGAGCUUAUGUAUAUCCAAAUCAUUGGGCAAUAAUACUAGUCCCUAAGAUGCAUUUUUGGCAGUACCAUUUGUGUAAUCGUGCUGCCCAAUUGCCAACCACAUUAAACCAAAAGGCCGAGUGACAAGAACUGUGCACUUUGAAACUUUGCGGCCUGAGCAUGUGAUAGA